AAACGAGGAGACGGAAGCGUCUAACGCCGUGUGGUGGCGACGGAUCAGUAUAUUUACAUCGCCGCUUUCAUUUCCACACCUCCACGUCGGAUCGGGCAGCGGCGCUCCUCCCCGUGUUAACCCCCUUCUCUCUUCUCCCUCUCUUCCAAGGCGGCGGAAAUCUUUGCUCGACAAGCUCUCCAGACUUUUCGGGCGAGGCAAAUCGGAGCACAUACAAUGUCUCUAUCAACCUUAUUCAGAAGAGUUGGUCUCAAAGAUCUCGUUUCAAAUGUUACCGUCUAUAGUGGUGCUAGUGAGGUAUCUGGAGGACUGAGUUUGAUCUUUCGACGUUGGGCCACAAAAAAGACUGCAGGGUCCACAAAGAAUGGACGUGACUCACGGCCCAAGAAUCUAGGUGUCAAGAAAUUUGGUGGAGAGAAGGUGAUUCCUGGCAACAUCAUAGUUCGUCAACGAGGUACACGGUUCCAUCCUGGGGACUAUGUCGGAAUGGGAAAGGAUCACACGCUAUUUGCGCUAAAAGGAGGUCAUGUUCGCUUUGAACGCCACAAGCUUAGUGGUCGGAAAUGGGUGCAUGUUGAUCCAAUUGAUGGUCAUGUUCUUCAUCCCAUCUAUACAAAUGCUGGCCUUAACGUUGAUGCCGGAAGCCAGAUGUGCUAGCGAAGCAUUUAACCUGAGAGUAGGUAGUUGUUCGCUCUGGUCUUUAAGAGAUUGCUGAAAGGGCAAAAAAGUUGAGAACUUUCUUUUAAUCUGCCCCCUAUUUGCUUUCAAUACAUUGACAGUGACUCGGAACGAUCUAAGAAGGCAAAUAAACAAACCCUAUUGGACAUACAGAUUAAUCAAUACCUGUGUGUAUGAAGAGUUUUGGACUCAA